AUGGCUAUCAAAAAGCAGGCUUUCAUUGUGCUGUCGUUCCUGGUAGCAACAAUCUUUGUGGAAGGAAAGCCGGUGGAUGGAAAAUCAAAGUCUGAAGACGAACUAAACGCUGAGGCUACAGGCUACGGAAUCGGUGGUUACGGAGGUGGUGGCGGUGGUGGUGGUGGAGGUGGACUUACUCUUGGAGUUGCUACUGUUGGCCUUGGUGGGCUCGGAGGUGGUGGAGGAUAUGGAGGCGGCGGUGGUUAUGGAGGUGGACUUGGAGGAGGUGCUGGAUUAGGCGGUGGAUUUGGAGGAGGUGCUGGAUUAGGCGGUGGAUUUGGAGGUGGAGGUGGGUUUGGAGGAGGAGGAGGUGCUGGAUUAGGAGGUGGAUUUGGAGGAGGAAGUGGAUUUGGAGGUGGAGGUGGAGGUGGAUUUGGAGGUGGAAUAGGAGGCGGAAUUGGAGGGGGUGGUGGUACCGUUUUAGGUCUUCUUGCCGUCCCACUCAGUUUGCAAACUGGAGGCGGUGGUGGUGGUUACAGAGUAUGGUGGGAUUAA